GGAGAGCAGUGAGUUCAGGUGUCUGUGUGCGAGUGGACACGGCUGUUGAGCACAGACAGGUUAACUUCUGUUGCAUUCAUGGCUUUUACUCAAGAUUCCAUUGUUUCUUUGCUGGUUGCGGAGGGAGGCAAAGUGAAGAAAUCCGAGCUGAUGGGGAAGUUUAGAGCUGUCGUGGACUCCGUGGAUCCCGCGGAGAGAGAACGCAACAGGGAGCUCUUCAAGACUUUUGUCAACAACGUCGCAUUUGUGAAAGAAGUCGACGGAUUCCGGUAUGUUGUCCUCAAGAAAACGUAUCAGCACUUGCUUGGAGGUGAGCAGACUGCGGAUGUGGAAAAGACUGAAAAUGAGGAAGAGGUAGGUGAGCAGCAGCGCCCACCUGAGCAGCACGCAGAGGCUGAAAAGUCCGAGGAUGCGGCUGGGUCCGUGAAGGGAGCACAUGAGGCUGUCAAAGAAGAGGUAAAUGACCCUGGGAAAUCACCAUCCCUCAUACAGCUGGCUCUGCAGAGGAGCAGAUCUGAUAUCAGGUCCAAAAAGAUGCUGAAUUUUGACAUCAACAAGGGUGAAAGAGAUGCAGCCCCUCUGCAGAGCAAACCCUUUGCCUUGCCUCUUAGAGUGCCACCCAGUGUCACCAGGGUCGAGAUCCACAAGCUGAAGGAACAACCAAAAGAACCUCCUGAGGUCUCAAAAUCAGAGGCCUUCAAGAACAAGAGGAGGCCGUCUUCAGCUGAGACCGGCAGGGUGGUGAAGAAGUCUCCAGAAGAGCCCAAGUACAUCAGGUCGUCCUGCGUGUAUUCCCUGGAGCAAGCUGAGCACGAGUGGCUGGUGAAGUGUGCUGCAGGACUCUGGAACCAGGUGUACGGCCUGCUGCUGAGCGACUGCCAUCUGGUCCAGAAGAAAGACUUCAUGUCUGGGUUCACGGUUCUUCACUGGGUGGCUAAAUGUGGCAACAGCCAAAUGCUCACGAGGAUCAUCGACACAUCCAGGCAAAAAGGAGUCAAUGUUGAUGUCAACCCAAAAUCCCACGGUGGGUACACUCCUCUGCACAUCGCUGCGUUGCAUGACCAGGAGUGCAUCAUGACCAUGCUGGUGGCGGAGUACCGGGCCAACACCAGCAUACGGGACAACUGUGGGAAGAAGGCCUACCACUAUCUGCCUAAAGGCAUCUCCCCGAUUGUUAAGGAGAUGAUGGGAGAACCCAAAGUCCAGCACGUCCACCCCUCUCAGGAUAGGGUCGUUCUCCACAAAGAGGAGCUGGACACCAUCUCAGAUGCGUCUAAGGGCCUGCAUUCAAUAAGCCGCCUCUUUCCGCCAACCAUCAUGGGCAACAAGAAGAGGAAGUCGGGGCUUUACUCUCUGAACGAGGGCAGCGAGGAGCAAGAACACAGCAGCUUCAGACACAGAACCGUAUCUGAUGCGUCAACGUGCUGACUCAACUUUUUUCUGACAUUCUGCUGGUUUUGCUUUUAGAAUUGUCAUGUUCUUGUUGGUUUCUGCCUUGCCGAUAAAAUAUAAAAAUACCAGGAAUGUUUGCUUUUGCUUUGAGAAUAAUACACAAGUUGUCUUUGAAACAGUAAGGGGGAAAAGAUGUCCACGGGUGGAAGCUGAAUCAUUCAGACAUGCAACCCUUCACUGGCUCGAAGCUUGUUUUGAAAUCCAUUUUCUUUCUGAAGAAGAAAUUACUGAGAUCAAGACCUGUCUUGUUUUUUUCUGAAAGGAGAUACAGACCUGGAGUCUUUAGAGGGAAUCCGACUCUUUUGUAAAUUAAGAAAUCAAAAUCUGUUGAGAGUUUCUUUCAUACGGACUUUAAGGGAAACCUCAGUAAAGACGGUACAAAGUGUCCCAAUAACGACGACAUGCAGGUGUUCUGUAAAUCAUUUACACACCUCCGUGCCAAGAUUCCUCAUAUAUGUGGUGAAUUCCUUCGCUGGCUUGUUGAAACAGCUGUGACUCAGCAGCAUACUGGGAUUAGGCAUGUUCACGUGUCUGUGUGUGUGUGUGUGUGUGUGUGUGUGUGUGUGUGUGUGUGUGUGUGUGUGUGUGUGUGUGUGUGUGUGUGUGUGUGUGUGUGUGUGUGUGUGUGACAUCAUCGGCUCCUUCCAGCUCAGAAACACAAAGUCAAAACCUAAAAGAACAAAGUUGUGCCUUUUGUGUUCAGCGUCUCGCUGCUUGUUGUUCCUUUGCCCUCUGUUGGUUUUGCUUCUUCCUUGUGCCUGAGAGAGAACUGAGGGAUGCACCAUCAUGUCAGGGCGAUGUGUCAUCUCCCAGCCUGAAGGUUUUGGUUACGUAAAUGUUCUUCUGACGCUGCUGCGAGGAGAAAAGGUUGGCACGAGGUCAGGAAUAAGAAGUGGUGGAAAGAAGCACCAGAGCAUAAAAUCUCUGCACAAAUUGAUGGAAAUAGAAGAUGGGAAAUGUUUGUUUUUCUUUAUUUUGCCGGACUGCAUGCAUGCAACCUUUUUGUCUUCAACGCCCAAAACUGAUAAUAAAAUUUACUAAAUUUAUAAA